AUGCUGCUGCGGGGUGAGGCGGAGGCUGCUUCCUGGCAGCGGGGUAAAGCCGAGGAGAAGCGCAGCGGAUACAGGAACCCUGUCUCUCCGUACGAGGCCUUGCAGGCUCGCAGCCUGCUUUACAGCGGAGAUGGCAGCUUCCUUGCAGAUACAGAAACUGAAGUAGUGGGGAAGCUCAGCCACAGGAGUCCUGGGGAGUCGGCUCCUUUCACCCCUCCUCGCGCCCCGCAGAUCCCAUCUCCUCGCGCCCCGCAGAUCCCGUCUCCUCGCGCCCUGCAGAUCCCAUCUCCUCGCGCCCCGCAGAUCCCGUCUCCUCGCGCCCUGCAGAUCCCAUCUCCUCGCGCCCCGCAGAUCCCGUCUCCUCGCGCCCUGCAGAUCCCAUCUCCUCGCGCCCCGCAGAUCCCGUCUCCUCGCGCCCUGCAGAUCCCAUCUCCUCGCGCCCCGCAGAUCCCGUCUCCUCGCGCCCUGCAGAUCCCAUCUCCUCGCGCCCCGCAGAUCCCGUCUCCUCGCGCCCUGCAGAUCCCAUCUCCUCGCGCCCCGCAGAUCCCGUCUCCUCGCGCCCUGCAGAUCCCAUCUCCUCGCGCCCCGCAGAUCCCGUCUCCUCGCGCCCUGCAGAUCCCAUCUCCUCGCGCCCCGCAGAUCCCGUCUCCUCGCGCCCUGCAGAUCCCAUCUCCUCGCGCCCCGCAGAUCCCGUCUCCUCGCGCCCUGCAGAUCCCAUCUCCUCGCGCCCCGCAGAUCCCGUCUCCUCGCGCCCUGCAGAUCCCAUCUCCUCGCGCCCCGCAGAUCCCGUCUCCUCGCGCCCUGCAGAUCCCAUCUCCUCGCGCCCCGCAGAUCCCGUCUCCUCGCGCCCUGCAGAUCCCAUCUCCUCGCGCCCCGCAGAUCCCGUCUCCUCGCGCCCUGCAGAUCCCAUCUCCUCGCGCCCCGCAGAUCCCGUCUCCUCGCGCCCUGCAGAUCCCAUCUCCUCGCGCCCCGCAGAUCCCGUCUCCUCGCGCCCUGCAGAUCCCAUCUCCUCGCGCCCCGCAGAUCCCGUCUCCUCGCGCCCUGCAGAUCCCAUCUCCUCGCGCCCCGCAGAUCCCGUCUCCUCGCGCCCUGCAGAUCCCAUCUCCUCGCGCCCCGCAGAUCCCGUCUCCUCGCGCCCUGCAGAUCCCAUCUCCUCGCGCCCCGCAGAUCCCGUCUCCUCGCGCCCUGCAGAUCCCAUCUCCUCGCGCCCCGCAGAUCCCGUCUCCUCGCGCCCUGCAGAUCCCAUCUCCUCGCGCCCCGCAGAUCCCGUCUCCUCGCGCCCUGCAGAUCCCAUCUCCUCGCGCCCCGCAGAUCCCGUCUCCUCGCGCCCUGCAGAUCCCAUCUCCUCGCGCCCCGCAGAUCCCGUCUCCUCGCGCCCUGCAGAUCCCAUCUCCUCGCGCCCCGCAGAUCCCGUCUCCUCGCGCCCUGCAGAUCCCAUCUCCUCGCGCCCCGCAGAUCCCGUCUCCUCGCGCCCUGCAGAUCCCAUCUCCUCGCGCCCCGCAGAUCCCGUCUCCUCGCGCCCUGCAGAUCCCAUCUCCUCGCGCCCCGCAGAUCCCGUCUCCUCGCGCCCUGCAGAUCCCAUCUCCUCGCGCCCCGCAGAUCCCGUCUCCUCGCGCCCUGCAGAUCCCAUCUCCUCGCGCCCCGCAGAUCCCGUCUCCUCGCGCCCUGCAGAUCCCAUCUCCUCGCGCCCCGCAGAUCCCGUCUCCUCGCGCCCUGCAGAUCCCAUCUCCUCGCGCCCCGCAGAUCCCGUCUCCUCGCGCCCUGCAGAUCCCAUCUCCUCGCGCCCCACAGAUCCCAUCUCCUUGUACGGCACACAUCACUGCGCGCGCACAAGCAUCCUUCUGGUUACCGUCAUCCAUGGAGCUAAAGACCUGCGAGGCCCUUGGCCGUAAAUCCCCACCACUCUCCUGA